GAUCCCAUGACAGGAAGUGAACAAAACACGGACGUGCUUUGUUUUCAUUUCGCCACCAGUUGUGCUGUCAGCUGUUUCAAUCGUCCGCAGAUGGUUUAUUUUCCUUAUUUAACUACUAAAUGUCCAUACACUUAACAGACAUGAGUCUUAUCAUAUAAAGUCUGUCUAUUCAAUCGUCGGAUUAGCUCGCGAGCUUACAGUAACGCUUGGUGACAGCACGAGUCUUCUUCCAGGUCACUGAGGUGAGCUCAGUACAAACUUAUAAACAUGCUAUUUAUGUUCACAGGAAAACUCAAAAGCUAAAACAUACUGUCCCUUUAAUGGUGACAUAGUUGUUGAAAUACAUUAGUGUCUGAGGCGCUGAAUAAAUGAUUGUAAAUAUUAUCUUUAAGAUUGAGUUGUCCUCCUGAUGCUGAUGAGUUUAAUUUUUAUGUCUCUACUCGAUCAGAUUUGAAACAAACUUAAUAUUUUACAGCCUCCUUGUGUUGAUCGUCAUCAUGGUGGAUCCUACAGCAUCGAGCGUCUUCUGUAACAGGAUGCUGAGCAUGGUCAACUCCGAGGAUGUGAACGCCAUCAUCCAGGCUCAGAGACACAUGUGAGUGUUUGUCUGUUUUCCCUUUACUGACUCAUUGUUAUUGUCUUCACUUGUGUAUUACACUGUGUGGCACAGAUUUCUGGAUCUGAUCUAAAGAUAAUCGUUGAUCUGCCACAUCAUUGUGAAAACAGGCUUGACCGUUUUGAGAAAACCAAUGAAAUGCUGAUCAACUUCAACGGAUUGUCAAAUGUGAGGCUACAGCAGAUGAAUGAGCGUUUCCUGCUUCACACUCGCACCCUUGUGGAGAUGAAGAAAGAUCUGGACAGUGUUUUCAGACGGAUAAGGUGAGUCACUGCUCCCAAAGCAAACGCAGACAUACAGACGUCCAAUUUCUAAUAUUUCUGUCUUCUCUGUCUCCAGGACACUUAAGGGGAAGAUUGCCAAGCAGUACCCAGAAGCUUUCAGCAGUGAGUUAACAUUUUCUUACUGCUCAUCAAAAUGUAUUUCCCUAUAAUGGAAAUGUAACUGUAUCUGUUUUCUGGCAGUUAUCCACGAGUCACCGACCCUGGAAGACGACGACGAUGAGUUUGACCCCAUUCCCCCGAGUGUUGCCACAACAGUCACAGCAGCCAAUUCAGAGCAGAGCACAGAAUCCUGUGACACGAGUCCAGAUGUGAUCUCGCCCACUGUGAGCAGGUGCUCGGAGGAUCUUUCUCAAGAGCCGCCUGACACGCCCACCUCUGAUGUCCUUGAGACAGCUGUGCUGAGGGACGAGGGUCCAGACUCUAUCCCAGCAGAAUAAAGACAGCAGGUCUUGGUUAUAUAUUAGUGUUUGCAUUGGUGUCUCGUAUAUUAGCUGACUCUUCUGGUCAUUACAGUGUCAAUAAGAAACACCAUCAGAAGCUUUGAACUGUCUGUGAAGAGCCCUUUGCUUGGUAUGCUUAUUUGUCAAGCACAGCACUAAGGUAAUGCAGAUAAUACUUGAAGUUGUUUGGUACCGCACUAUAGAUGUACAUGUAAGAUACUGAUGGCGAGAAGCCUCAGUCUCUGUGUGAUUUUACACAUAUUUAUAUGUCUGUUUGACAUCAGACCUGAUCUUAUGAUUUAUGUUAUCGAAGAGAUAGAGAAGUCUUGUUCCCAAUCUAAUGAUAUUACUGGGGGUUUGAAAAAGUCGCCACUGUCAGCAGUAUUUCCUGUGUUGCUUUUAUGUUAAUGAAUUAAUGUGUGUUAUCAUCAGGGUUUACUUAAAUUCCAUCUUGGUCUCCUCUGAGAAAUUAUUUAUUGUUUGCCUCACAAGGAAAGCAGGGAUUGGGUCAAAUAUCAGUUAGUGUUGUUGGAGUUGUCACAGAUUUAUCAAAGUAUUCAAUGUCACAUUAGCUGGCUUGAGGUUCUGAUAUGAGAGCUAUAAAUAACAGCAUGUAAGAGUCAAGAGUACUCCUUGAUAUCCAUUUAAAAUAUCAUUUUUUAACUAUACAAAAGGGAAAAUCUGAGCUUACAAUUCAUUUGUAAUUUCUGUCAAAUAUUUAUGUCAGUUUUUGUGAAUUGGAACCAUUUUCCUGAACAGAUGUUACUCAGAGUAUAGGCUCAGUGAUCAAAUAUUGGAGCUGAUAAUAAAAUACACAUUAUUCCCCAGUGAUAUGUGAAAACAGUGGUUUAACUAUUCUCUGCUCUGUGAUUUUAGCAAGGGUAUAGGGCAGUGUGACAGUUAGCAAGUUUGAAAGUAAGUUUCUUAACAUAGCAUCUUAAAAGAACAGAGGUCAAAAAGUGCUUCACAAUAAAUUUUUUAAAGAUAACCAGCUAAGACUGCUGUUUCACCCUAGUGGUAAUCCUGUCUUUAACUAAGGUUGAACAUUUUCUAAUAAAAAGUGGCAAAGUUAAACACCAGCAUGCUCUAAUGACACAACACUGCCUUGAGACAUUCAGUAUACCAUUUUUUUCCUGUUUGUGUGUGGGUGUGUGUGUAACCAAAAUAAGAUAGAAAAUCUCAUAAUGAUUUCAUUCAAUGGAGAUUUGUGUCACCCACUGUGAUAAGUAGCUCUAGAAUAAGAAAAAAAAACUUGUUUCUUUGGAGUGCUUUAAAUCAUUUUGCCUGGUACCUACAGUGGUGACAAUACUACAAGCAGAAACAGAGAAAGUCGAUUUUGUCACUGAUGGCCUUGUUUGGCUUCAUUGCUCAUUUCCCUCAAGUUCAAAAACAGUAAGAGAAACUCAUUACUGUGGCUUAAACUCAAGGUUGGAGCAUCUGCUACUUUAGCAGCCAGUAUUAACUGUGUACAGCAGACAGGUACUACACAACCAGUAGACAAACAACAUAAAAUAAUGAUGUGAAAAUGAAAUGAAAAAUAAAAACAAAUUUGAUUUAUUGAAA